CGCCGCACGAGCAGCGUUUUCACCAAUAAUUUUUGUUUUCUGUGGCUAGUUACAAUGGGACGCAAAGGAAACUUUGAGGAGAAACCCAAGCGAGGUCCUGGCCGUAAGGCUCGCAAACAACAGGAGCCAGUUUUCAAAUUUAUAAAAGAGGAUGACGAUGAUAGAAAAUUGUCCCACCAUCAAAAGAAACGGGCGAUAAAACGCGAACAGAAGCAAGUAAAAAAGCAGCAGGCAGAGGAAAAGAAAGCCAACGCUCAGAAAGCGAAGGCAUCGCUUGCAGUUCAGAAAACCGGUGAAAGUGACACGAUCAAUCCGGCUAAAAUUUUCGAUUUAGAAAAGAGUCGCCAAAAGUACAAACAACUUGGACGUAAGGCUGGCCAACCGGCUCCUAUCGCUACGAAUGGGCUGAAGAAUGGUGCGGCCAAAAAAGGGCGCAAUCUGUUCGACAGUGACAAUGAGGAUGACGACGCAGCGCCGAAAGCGAAGAAGGUCGCUGGCGGGGUCGUUAAAAAGAACGACAUGAAGAAAUUCCUCCAACAGGGCGACUCCGAUGAGGACGAUUCGGAUGAAGAGGAAAUGACCAGCGAAGAAGAGGAGGAGGAAGACGGAGAAUCAGAUGAUGAAGGUGGAGAGGAGGAAGAAGUUGAGGAUGCGGAGGAGGACGAUGAUGAUGAGGAUGAGGACGAUGACGAUGACGAUGACGAAGAAGGUGACGAAGAAGAUGCAGACAUGUUACCCAUUGAAGCAGCAAACAAGAAGCUGAAGAAACGGAUGGAGCGCGAGCAAAAGUUGGCCGAUGAAGAAAUGGCAGAAUCUACGGCGAAUCGAGAACGGUUCGAGUUCCCAUCGGAGGAGGAGAUGGCUCAAACCACAAGCCUGCAGGAUGUGAACAUCCGCAUCCGGGACGUCAUCGGUGUGCUGUCGGAUUUCGCGGCCAAUCGCGAUCCCAACCGCUCCCGUUGCGAUUACAUGGAUCUGCUGCUUAAAGAUCUGUGUCUGUACUACUCGUACAAUGAGUACUUCAUGGGCUUGCUGAUGGAACUGUUCUCCCCGAACGAACUGCUCGAGUUCCUCGAAGCGUCCGAAGUGCAGCGUCCGCUUACAAUCCGUACCAAUAGCUUGAAAACGCGUCGGCGCGAUCUUGCACAGGCAUUGAUCAACCGUGGCAUCAAUCUGGAUCCGAUUGGUAAGUGGUCCAAGGAUGGGCUGGUCGUCUAUUCGUCGCAGGUACCGCUCGGGGCGACACCGGAAUACCUCGCCGGACACUACAUGCUGCAGGGCGGUUCCAGUAUGCUGCCCGUUAUGGCACUCGCCCCAGAGGAAAAUGAGCGCAUUUUGGAUAUGUGUGCGGCUCCGGGUGGCAAAAGUUCCCACAUCGCCGCCCUGAUGAAGAACACGGGCGUGCUGUUCGUGAACGACUCGAACAAAGAUCGCCUGCACGCGGUACUGGGCAACUUUCACCGGCUCGGCAUACAGAAUGCCGUCGUUACGAACAUUGACGGUACCAAGUAUCCCGAUGUGAUUAAGGGUUUCGAUCGAGUGCUACUCGAUGCACCCUGCAGCGGCUCGGGCGUCAUCUCGAAGGAUCCGAGUGUGAAAACCACCAAGACGGAAACGGACGUACAGAGGUGUUACAAUCUGCAGCGACGCUUAAUCCUGGCUGCGAUCGACUGCCUUUCGGCUGAAUCGGAGACAGGAGGCUAUCUGGUUUACUCCACCUGCUCCGUGCUGCCCCAGGAGAACGAAUGGGUUAUCGACUAUGCGCUACAGAAGCGCAACGUGCGACUCGUCUCGAUUGGCAUCGACUUCGGUGUCGAGGGUUUGACCAGCUACGAUGGUCGACGAUAUCACUCGUCGAUGAAGCUAACGCGCCGUUUCUAUCCCCACACGCACAACAUGGACGGGUUCUUCGUGGCGAAGCUGCAAAAGUUCUCCGAUGGUAUUCCCAACAGCGUCGCCGAUGAGCCGGAAGAUGAAGCAGUAGAUGAGGAGGAAGUAAAGCUACCGAAAAAGAUCGACAAGCGCGACUGGUACUACAAGGACGUCGUCGAGAAGCGGAAGGCUGCCCGAGAGGAUAAGAACCACGUGGUGAAGGUAUUCCAGAAGCCCACGAAUACUAAGACGAAGAAGAAAAAGGAGAAGAAAGCGAGGGAUGAAAACAAAACAAGUGCUUCCACUGGCGAAAGCGAGCAGAACGGCAAUGCAGAGACGAAACCUUCCGGCAACAAACCGAUAACGCUGUCCAAGGCGGAGGUCAAGGUUGUGGAGGAACGAUCACGUUUCCAUCAGAAGUUGAAGCAUCUGCAGCAAAAGUUCUCCAAUGGCACCAGCAAAAGUACCUCUCCCGCGGCCAACAAGACGAGGAAGAAUGAUGCAUCGACGAAAAGUGGCAAAAAACAAGCAAACGGCGGUGGCGCAUCCAAGUCCGGCCCAGCGGGUAAACCACGUAACGAGAAGAAAGGACCAGGAGUGAAGAAGACCACGUUUAAGAAGCAGGUGGGGAAUGUAAGGAAAGCUAAGUAAAAUGUAAUGUAUAUGCAAAUAAAAGCUAUCUAUCUUUUUUAUCGUAUUCCAUUGGUCGGCAUACGAUUAGAAUAAUA